UCAGUAACAGCAACAUAUGCCGACAGUCCGCGGAAGGUCUUCGUGAAGCGGGCACCAUGGAUGAGGAGUUUGUUAACGCAAUGCUGCAGAAACGGGCAAAAGCUAUCGUAAUAGAUGUACUGGAAAAAGCCAAAAGUUAUCUUGAACAACAGAUGAUAAAAGAGGGAAAAAGCCCUUAUCAAAUCGGUAACGUCCAAUGGGUCACGUGCAAGGACUUCACUGUUGCCAUUGGGGCAAAACAAAUCGAAGAAUAUAUCUCUGCAUGGGAGUUCUCCGAUUGCUGGCUGCACUGCUUGGAUUACCUGAGGGAAGAGGAACUGGAGUACCACAUCCGUCACCAUUAUCGAGUGCGGUGGAGUAUUCCGACACGAAGGAAGCCCAUCCCACGAGCAACAGCCUCCACUUACUUCAUUGUUGAAAUCUCAAAAGUUAAAUCACCUGUUUUUCCAGUUGAAGUUUACUACUUUUCUGAAUCAAACAGACUUCUGCACAGACCAGGCCAAUCAAGAUUCAAAGAAAGCUGGCUAAAAGACAUCAUCGAAAGCAAAAUCCUAUUAAUGGAGCAAGUGGAAUUUUAGUUUGAAUUGUGAAUAUUUGGAAGAACCCAAAGCUGAUUUGUAUUCUGAUUUUACUUUUAAAGUUAUGAUUUACACACACAGAUAGUUCAAUAGUCUCCAGUUGCUCUUUGCUCCCUUUUCACUUCGAUUCCCAUUAUCUAUUUGUGAAUCUUGAUGUGAAUGACAGCAGGCUAUUAAACAUUUGCAAUCUCUUUUUGAGAGUGCCAUCAUGUUCUUGAAUGCAAUGUCAAGACUUCUAGCGUACCUCACCAAAAUAAAUGAGCACCCCUGCUGAACCACACGUAAUUGUCACCUGAACAUGUUUAAAAGGAAGCAUUACAGCUGCCUCUCUGUGACAAAUAUCCAUUUCCUUACCUUAGCAUGGAGACACAAGGUCAGUGUAAAUUCAAGUCCUCAGAUAUAGGACCAUAGACCACGAAUCAAACAAAAUAUCUCAGCAACAACCCACCUCAAUAGUUUCUCUGAUCGAGCCAUCAAAGAAAUUAGAUUUUUUAAUAUAUUGCAUGAUUUUCAAAAUUAAUGUAUAAUAAAUUAAUUUAUGGAAUAUAUUUCAGUAUAUUUUUUUAAUAAACCAGUGCUGGAUUAGAUUGUAUAAUUGCUAUUUUUCUUGUAGAUUAGCUUUAUGCUUGUUUGUAUUUUUAUAUAAUUAGCUAUGUAUCUGCAGUUGUUCAGUGUUUCUCCUAGUGGUUACAGUUCCAUAUUAUUCUGGAAGAUUCUUGGGUAUCACAUUUUUCUGAAUAGGGGCUAUCUGAUUGGUUAACCCUUGUCUACAAAAUUUGAAUGGUAUUUAUUACUGUUAAAUUGGUAUAGGAAGGCUAAACCAUGUUGCCUUGGUUGCUUUCCCAUGCUACUAGACUCUGCUUUCUCAAUCCCUUUGUUCUCUAAGCAUUUAAUAAACUAUCAUGAAGUAAGUUUUAUGUCUCAUUCUUGACUUCUGAGAAGCCUGGGUCAAACCAGGAUCCAAUAGCAGUUUCAUAUACAAAAGUAGCUUCAAAACUGGUGUUUGAUGUAACUGAAGACAUUAUUGGCCACAGGAACAAAUUCAUUUCCAAAUGAGCAUCUUCUUGAGAAGUAUUUUUUUGGUUAAGUGUCACAGUGCAGAACCACAGUGAAAUAGUUACUCAUCCAUUUUGAUUUUGUUCCAUCCCACUGGGCAUCACUGGUAUAUUUUGAGGGGAAAUCAGUUUAUCAAGUGUUCAUUUUAGACACUUGAUUGAAUCAUUGAUCAGGUAACAACAAAUAAUGCUCUAGUAUGUUCUAAACAUCAAAUGCCAUCUUUGGUCAUAUUACUAGCAUGGCAAAAUCAAUCUUCAUCACUGUGGUGUCACAGAGAGCUUUUGGCACAUUGACCUUCAUAAAUUGAAGUAUGAGUAGAGGAGUUGGGGUGUAAUGUUGAAGUUGUAUAAAAUGUUGCUGAGACCAAAUUUGGAGUAGUGUGCGCAAUUCUGGUCACCUACCUACAGGAAAGUUAUCAGUAAAA